UAUUAGCGAUGGCGUCGGUAUCGGUUCUCUUGGUCUACUUGUUCAUGUAUCUCUUGAUGACUGGUGGUUCAUUGGAUUGCUCUGAUCCGGCUUCGAUAUGGUUCAUAUCACCGUUGUCUACCUGGGAGAGGCUUUACUAAGAACGACCAUGGAACAUCUCAUGACCAUUGCACUUUCAGGAUUCUAUCAGGGAAAAAAAUUGUACAAUAUAGUGUGGGGUUUUGCGAAUAGUAAAAAUCCAAAGGAAUCAACCAGAACCAUGACAUACAUUCCAGUCAUGAACCAUUCUUUUCGCCCUUACGCCAUGCUGCCCAUAAUGCCUGCAAUUGGACUCUCGUUUUUUGGUUUUCUUUCUUUCUCGUCCCGUCUUCUGUUCUCCAUUCUGGUUUUCUUUUCUGUCUCGUCGUGAGAUUUAGGUCCUCUUGUUAUGUGCUCACCUCGAGGGUGUGGGGCGUGACUUUGGGCCAUAGUGCAGGAGAAUUUGUGCCUCAUAAUGCGACCAAUGUGUUCAAGAACC